GAGCUAGUUCGACUAGGUUACACCUCUACUCUUAGUUGCCGUUCAAUGAGAAGGGUAUUUUGGAUAUUAAGAACAUAACCGCCUCAUUCCUUAGUUUCCCGCUCUCUACACCAACAACCCUCUCUUUAAUUCUUCUACAACUUUACACUGAGAAAAUAAACAAACAAAAAUGGCGCAUUUCCUAAGCAAGAAAAAAUAUUUCGUUGUGGCUAUGCUCAUAAUAGGUCCUGUUCUUCUCUCCCUACGAACUCCAAAGAUUAACCAACUCGAAGACAUUAAUUUCUCAGUUUUUCUACAAAGAGAUGAGAUUCUUGGAUCCUAUUCCAUGGCCGAUACUCAUGAUCUCGAGUACGAUUUCUAUCGCCAAAUUUGCCCUCAAGCUGAGUCCAUCGUCAAAUCAAGAAUGGCUUCCAUUUACUCGUACCGGAAUGAUAUCUCUGCCGCUCUCUUAAGGCUCUUUUUCCAUGAUUGCUUUAUCAAGGGUUGUGAUGCUUCGGUUUUCUUGGAUGAUAGCAAUGGAAAUGCUAAUAUUUCCAUUGAGAAGCAAGCCAUUCCCAAUCAGACCUUGAGGGGUCUGGAUAAAAUAGAUAUGAUUAAGGAGGAGCUUGAAGAUGCUUGUCCGGGCGUGGUUUCUUGUGCUGAUACACUUGCACUUGCUACUCGAGAAGCCGUUGUUCUGGCUGGUGGUCCUUAUUAUCCAGUAUUUACAGGCAGGAGGGACAGUAGCCAUUCCUACUAUCAAGAAGCCAUGGCUGAGAUUCCGAAGCCCACUGAGAACAUCAGCCGAAUUCUCAACCUCUUUGCCCUCAGGGGUUUUAACGACAGAGAAACAGUCAGUCUUCUAGGAGCACACAAUAUCGGAAAAAUCGGCUGCGAUUUCAUCAGGAUUCGCCUAUACAAUUUUGAAGGAACAGGGCAGCCAGAUCCUUCUAUGCCUUCUGAUUUCCUCAAUGUGAUGAGACUAAAUUGUCAAGACAAUAACCACACUGCCAAUGGUGUCAUGACUGCAAUAUCAUCUGGAUCAGGUUUUGAUACUCACUACUAUAGAAACUUGCUGAGGGGUAGGGGACUUAUGUAUGCUGACCAACAAUUGAUGGGUGAUGAGAGUACUGCAAGAUAUGUUAGGCUUUAUGCUUCAGAUGAUGGAACAAUCUUCCGAAAGGACUUCUCUAGGUCUAUGGUCAGGAUGUCGAUCCUUAAUGUGCUAACCGGAGCUCAAGGUCAGGUCCGAAUUAAAUGCUCAUUGCCUGUCACAAGCUCUUAAAUUCAUAUAAAACUUGACUCGUUUAGUUUGAUUUGAUUUGAUUAGUGAGUUCUUUAUCUCUUACAAAAAUCAAGCUAGUGUGAGAGUAAUGCUAAUCUAGCAAAUCCCUGACUGUUGGUAGAGGAUAAGUGGUGCUAUCUGUGAACAUUGUACAGAGUUUCUUGUGAGCUGAUAGUUAUACUAAUUAGUAAUUACUAAUUAGACAAUGUCAUGUAAAUGUGAUUCUGGUCUGUCAAAUUCUUUUGUAUAGUAUUAGUGACAGAUCAAGAUGCAUCUGAUGCUUGAUAUCAUGAUUUACUCAAGUUCUUAUGUUGUUCAGCCGAGCGCGAGAGCAGCGAGUGCCAAGGUCUUAAGCGUAUCAUGUAUAUAUGUUAUGCAUUCUGCUUCGGUUUCA